AUGAGAAAUGUCACCUCACCAAGGACGACGUGGAAUAAAAAGUACUUAAGCAAAAAGCAAGCAGAAGAAGCCACAUAUAAUUUCAUAACCACUUUGGAACAGACGUCCUCUCCAGAAGUUCUUUUAUCCUGUAUCGAAGCUCUCAACCAACAUCUCAUUCAGUAUCCGUCCUGCAGAAUGGUCCUGUGGCAAGAGAAAACGGCCGUGUUAUUGCUGAGAAAACGCCGCUCCUUCAGACACCAUGAAGGUUUCCAAAUGGCCAUCAGAGAAAUCCUCGCGCUGCUGGGUUAUGUGGACGCUGUGAAAGGGAGAGGCAUCAGGGUGCUCUCUAUAGACGGUGGUGGAACAAGAGGUGUUGUUCCUCUACAAGUGUUGAAGGCGUUAGAAGCUCAAACUGGCAGAAAAAUACAUGAAUUAUUUGAUUACAUUUGUGGAGUGAGCACAGGUGCAGUCCUUGCCUACAUGCUGGGUUUGGCCCGGUUCUCCCUCAGCGAGUGUGAGGACAUGUAUCAGCGUUUUGGAUCAGAGGUUUUCCAACAGAAUCGGUUUGUGGGAACAGUGAAGAUGGGCUGGAGCCAUUCAUACUACAACACAGAGACCUGGGAGAAUCUACUCAGAGCCAAGUUGGGGGAGCAGCUGCUUAUUAAAACAGCAAGAGACGAGUUAAGCCCUAAGGUCUCAGCCGUCAGUGCCGUCGUGAACUGGGGAACGAGUCCAAAAGCAUUUGUUUUCCGUAACUACAACCACACUCCAGGAUCUCUCAGCAGAUACGCAGGAGGCAGUGCUUAUCAGAUGUGGCAGGCGGUGAGAGCUUCAUCAGCGGCUCCGGGAUACUUCCAGGAGUUCCCUUUGCAAGGAGACAUUCACCAGGACGGUGGAAUCCUUCUGAACAACCCGUGUGCUUUAGCGGUGCACGAGAGCCGUCUGCUGUGGCCCCAUCAGCCCUUCCAGUGUGUCCUGUCUCUGGGCACAGGUCGAUACGACAGUGUGAAGAGAAACCCGGGCACUUCCACCAGUCUGAGAGCCAAAAUCAGCAGCUUAAUCUGCAGCGCCACCGACACUGAAGGAGUCCACACGCUCCUGGACGACCUGCUGGCUCCAAACGUGUAUUUCCGCUUCAACCCCAUGAUGAGCACCGUCGUGUCCCUGGACGAAAGCCGGCCAGGAGCCUUGGAGGUACUCAGGCGAGAUACGCAAGAGUACCUUGAAAGAAAUCAGCCUAAAUUGGCCCGACUCUGCUUGGUUCUGGGGGCAGAGCGCUCCGCCAUGAGCAAAACAGUGGACUGGCCUCGCGGCAACUCUGGAAGACUGACGGCUAAAGCCACCCCUUCCAGGCCGGCCUCGCAUCCUCAGCCUAUCGCACAGAAAACGCCCAUUUCCAACCAACCUACGCUGAAGCAGCCAAGCGGAGAAGGAGCAACGCACACACUCAGAGGAUUUCUGACCUGUUGUUCGGAGCAUCGCUAUAAAUGCUAUAACUUCACCGGGGGGAAUCUUUCUGCGGGAAAAAUGCUCCUGGGACGUCUGAGAGGAGACAUUUUGCUUUAUGGUGAAGUAGGUGUCAAUGGAACAAUAAUGUCUUGA